UGAAGUUGGUCGCGAUCAGUACUGCCAUUAAAAUGGCUGCCAAUGUCGCUGUGACAAAUGAGUCCCGCAAUCGGUUAUCGUUUUGAAAAACAAAAAAAAAAACAACAAUAAUAAAUAAGUCGAUUGUUGGGUGCAGGUGAUAUGUAAAUAGAAGCGGUGAAGUCGCGAAAGUGGUCGACAGUUGUAGUUGUUGUUGGCGAUCUAUCGGCUAGCUAGUUCCAAAUUGUCGAGCUCUUAGGAAUUCCACCGUCUCCGCUGCUGCAGCCGCCGCCACCACCACCACAACCACUACUAAUACUUAACCCACUGUGAUAUAUAUAUAUAUGUUUAUUUGUGAUGGCAGAGGAUAACAGCACAGAGCAGGAUUUGCUGAAGACUAUGAACAUGAUCCAGAACAUGAUUGAUAUAUCUGCCGAGAGACUGGAGGGCCUCAGGACAAAGUGCUCGGCCACUGCUGGCAUCACGCAGCAGGAGAUCAGGACCUUGGAGGGCAAACUUGUUAAAAUGUUCUCCAAUCAGCUGGUCACCAAAUCCAAGCUGCACACGAUGGAGAAACCGCAGCUGCCAUCGCUCACCCAGUGGCUGAAAGUUGUCGGUCUCAGUGUGAGCUCCAUACAGGGUCUGUGCCAGAGGAUACAGUCCAUAGAGGAGCUGCAGGAAAAGACUGAGCAUGAACUGAAGAACAUAUUGAAUGAGAAAGGCACUGCCAUGGACGAUGCCAAGCAUCUGUGCAAAGCUCUCUACAAUCUGAAGAGAUACACAGAUAUAUUGAAACACGGCGACGCCGAGUCCGGAGACUUCCCGCUCUACUGGACGUCAUGGGAGGAGUUGCGACAUCCGUUCAUAGGUCUGUCUCCAAAGGAAGGUAGGUCUAGGGCUGCAAGAGCCUCAGUCCCCUCCGAGGAGUCUCUGAAUAACAAUAGGGCAGGUGCGAUACCACCUUCUGCAUCCGUUUCAAGUAUCAGCUCUCUGAAUGCUCAAUGUGUCCUCACUACUCCCCCUCCUCAAACUAGAGGAAAAGGCAUGAAGUUUCCGACGACUCCUCCGGCCCGCAUGAAGCACUGCGCCGUUAACAAUCACCAAUCGUCGAUCCUACUUCCCGACAUUUUCCCGCUGACGAAGAGCAAAUCGCACGAAUCGCAGCUAGCAAAGAUCGACAAUAACGACGUGCGAAACAAUCGUGAGACGAACACGGUGGGCCGUCGAGGGCGGCUACCGACGGAGCCCGGCCCAGAGGCGAUGACCGGAUAUUCGAGUCCGAUAUUGACGAGUCCCGCGAAAUCGCCACCGUACAAUAACGCCGGCACCGACAGCGACGACAGCAGUUAUAAAUCGGUGCGCGGACCGCCGCCGCCUAUCGUCACCCGCAACAUGACGCACCAGAUCUCGCACAGGUUCCAGAAGACCUUCAAGAUGAUGGCCACGUGCGGCGUCUGCAUGAAGUCCAUCUACUUUGGGACGGGGCUCAAAUGCAAGGAGUGCAAGUACAAAUGCCAUAGGGAAUGCGAGGAGAAGGCCAUUGCCUCCUGCGGAUUGCCUGACGAGCUCCUGUACGUCUUCAAACAAUCGCAAGCCUUCGAUCCUUCGGAUACCGGCAGAGGUAGCAACACCAAAAACUACAUCAACUCGGGAACGAAGAUCCGCAAGCAUUCGCAUCCGCAGUCGCAGAUGAUUUCCAACAUUCCUUCUUACAACAUGCCCGACUCGAAUUCGAGCAGCUGCAACAGUUCCACUCCUUCGAGUCCCGCCCUGCAGCCAGUGAUCACGCCGCAGGCGAACACCAAGCAAACGACGUUCAACUUUCCCGAUAUUCCUCUGAUACAAACCGACCAUGUUCCGGACACGUCGCCGAUGCGUGACUUCCCACCGGAGAAGUCGCUGCAGGAGCUGACGUCGAGUCAGCAGUCCAAGGAUAGCGACAAGACGAUUUCGAUCACGGAGAGCUCUACCGACUCGGACCGGACUCCGGUUCGCAUCAAUUCGCAGGACAGUCAGGUUUCCGAUACGGACACCAUCAUCGAUGGACAUCGCUGGCCGCGACAGAAUAGCUUGUCCAUGAGGGAAUGGGAGAUUCCGUUCGAUGAUCUGACUUUCGGUGAGGUGAUCGGCGCCGGUCGUUUCGGCAAGGUGUACCGCGGCUACUGGCACGGCGACGUCGCCAUAAAAGUGCUGGAUAUGGAAUCGGAGGAGAUCGAGCGGAUCGUCGAUCAGUAUAAAAUCGAGCUGAACAUGUUGAAGAAGACGCGGCACGAGAACCUGAUGCUCUUUAUGGGCACCUGCACCAACCCGAAGAGCCUCACGAUCGUCACAAGCCUUAGCCGAGGCUACACCCUCUACCAUCACAUACACAUCCUCAGGGACAAGUUCAAUUUGAGCAAGCUCAUCAUCAUAGCCCAACAAAUUGCUCUGGGGAUGGGGUAUCUGCAUGCGAAGGAUAUUGUGCAUAAAGACUUGAAGAGCAAGAACAUUUUUAUGGACAAUGGAAAAGUGGUCAUUUCUGACUUUGGUAUUUUCACUGUCACUAAAUUGUGCUUCGGAAAAAGGGAUGACGAUCGCCUGGGGAUUCCACCUGGUUGGCUUUGCUACCUCGCGCCAGAGAUUCAACGUUGUCUGCGAGCCCUCAACUCGCACGACCAAGGACUUCCCUUCAGUCAAGAAUCCGACGUUUACGCCUUCGGCACGAUUUGGUAUGAACUUUUAACAGGCGAAUGGCCAUUCAAAGGUCAACCGCCGGAGGCCAUCAUCUGGCAGGUCGGAAAGGGUAUGAAGCAUCCGUUGGCCAAUUUGCACGCAUCUCGAGAUCUCAAGGACAUUCUGAUGUUGUGUUGGUCGUUCAAGAAGGAUCACAGGCCGGCCUUCGCGAAGCUUCAGAUGAUUCUGGAGAAGCUGCCGAAGAAGAGGUUGGCGCGCAGUCCGUCGCACCCGAUUCAUCUCUCGCGGUCCGCCGAGUCCGUCUUCUAGCACGGAACGACGAGAGGAGGGGCUCCACCGGAGAGGGAGCUCGCGAGUUGAUGAACCCCUCGCACCGCUCAUCCGAUCGUAACCACCAACACGCAAGAGGAUCGGUUCUACCGGGUCUUCGAUUGGUGAGCGGGGAGCUAGAAGGCGGUCCCACAUAAGUUACAGUAUUUGUUUUAUUUUAAUGAUUAUUUUUAUUUUAUUUUUUUUUGAAACGAUUAUUUAAUGAUUUCUGUGAUUUUAACGAAACGAUGUGCAACAUAUUUUUUUUUUAAUUAUUAUUAUUAUUAAUUUUAUCUAUUUAUACUUAGGUAAAUUUAUUAUUGCAAACUGUGUGAGAAGAUGUGGACUAUGACAUACAGGGAAACAAAAGUUUUAAGUAUUGAUUAUACUUCGUUCGUUAUUGUUGUUGCUGUUGUAUAAUGAUGAAGAUGAUGAUGAAGAUUGUGAUGUCUGGAAAAUUGAAAACGAAGAAACAAAGUCUGUGUGCCUUCGCCGAAUGUAUAAAUAUGGGUUCCGAGAGUGUCAUCUUCGACCAUCAACACCAGGUGAAGGAAAAGGAGGAGAACGGAGAAAUGUGAGUUUGCGCGUUUCAACAUUCUUCAACAACAAUUUCAACAAUUCUUCAAAACAGAACAAAGAUACACACACACCCUCACAAGAAAAUUGCUAUAUCUCGCGUGAUGAUGAUGAUGAUGACACGAUGUGACAUCCUGUGCCUUUUUGAAUGUUCGUAGAGAUUUCUGUUUUCUUCGAUUAAUUCCUUCUUUUUUUCUCUCUUUCCCUAUUGAUAAUUCGUGUAAUAUUUGAAACGAAUCGGUUUUCGUCUUUGCGCACUCUUCGAGGCAAAUCAUUUGUAAUCAUUUUCUGCAAACUGGACACUCGAUUUGUGUGUUUUUAGGGAUAUAAAACAAAAAAAAUAUGCACAUACAUAUAAAUAUAUAUUUGUAAUUCGAUAGGCGGAAUGAUAUGAUGAUGUAAUUAAAUAUUUCGAUGUAAAACGAUGAAUGAGAGAAUUUGGAAACAAACGGCACGCGAAGAAGAUGAAUAAAUGUGCAAUAUAUAAUAGAUAUAAUCUCCUUAUGUAAUAACAACAAUUUGUAAAAUUAUUUUGAAAAUU